AUGCAUCACCACCAUGAGUUACUACUCAUAACGAACAAAGUCAAACGUUUUCCAUCGCUUCCAGUCUCUACGGUACGGUUUGCUGCACGAUUGAAAUACAACAUGCACACAUUUUCCACAUUACCCGUCGAAAUUGUUUAUCGAAUUAUGGAUCAUCAAAAUGAGCUGACGCUAUUUUGUUCAAUGCAAAAUAUUUCCCGGCGGCUCAAUCAGAUCCUGAGCACCUAUGAGCGAUAUCGAGGUCUAUGCUUAUAUUCAUUCUCACCACCACCCACACCAAAUGCAACUCCCACAUAUCACAAGAGUGGGAAGUCAAUUUCAUUGGAGGGCACCCUCAAAAGAGAUAUCCCGCUACAAUCAAUAGCUAUUCAUAGUUAUAUCCUACUCUUUCCCCACAAUCAGCUCACAACACUCACCACACUAGAUCUCGGCGAUAACCGACUCGAUGCUGAAGGAGCACAGCACAUUGCGGAUGCGUUGCGUACGAACACGACACUCACCACACUAAACCUCAGUUGGAACGGCAUCGGUGCUGAAGGAGCAAAACACAUUGCGGAUGCGUUGGGAACGAACGCGACACUCACCACACUAAAGCUCUGCCGUAACGGAAUCGGUGCUGAAGGAGCACAACACAUUGCGGAUGCGUUGCGAGCGAACACAACACUCACCACACUAGAUAUCGGCUACAACGAAAUCGGUGAUGAAGUGGCACAACGGAUUGCCGAUGCGUUGCGUCGGAAUGCAAGCAUCAAUAUGGCGUAG